AUGGCAUCUGUUUUAGUAUUGGGAGCAACUGGAGCAAUUGGAUUCGAGGUGGCACUGGAGUUCUUGAGGAAUGGAUACACUGUCUACGGUCUAACCAGAUCAGAGGACAAGGCAAAGGAGUUAUUUAAGAAUGAGAUUAUUCCUGUGAUUGGAGCUGUCUCUGACUUUGACAAGUGGAUUCCAAUCGCUGAGAAGGUUAAGGUUGUUAUUGAGGCUGUGGCUGACUUUGAAAAUUUGGCCACUGCUCAAUCGAUUGCCGAUAAACUCAAGGUUGUCAAAGCCAAGAAUACUGGUUUGGCCAUCAUUUUCACAUCUGGCGCAUUGGUCUAUGGCUCUUCAGACAGUGUGAUCAAUGAGACUACACCAUACAACCCAAUGAAGAACCCAUUGGUCGAAGCCAAGGUCCAACUCGAGAACCAUUAUCGCCAAAUUGGUGGCAUCGUCAUCCAACCAGUGUUUGUGUUUGGAAAAAAGGGCAGUGCCAGCUCCAUCUAUUUCGGCUUGGUGGCCAAGAACACUGAUGGCAACUUCCAACUUUAUGGCGAGGAGGGACAGUGGCGAUCAUUCGUCCACUUGACCGAUCUUGCCAAUCUGUACUACCUUGCCGCUUCCAAGCAUGCCAGCGUAUCCGGAGAGGUGUUCAUCGGUGUGUCCUACUAUCACAAGACUGUUGAGGUCGUGCGCGCUAUAGCCAAAGAGGCAAAGAAGGAGGUGAAGUCAAUCACAUUCGUCUCACCUGUUGAGAAUCCAUUGUCUCAGAUUCUAUCUGUGUCCAGUGCAUCUUCACAUCAGAAGGCCAGCACCCUCUUGGGAUGGUUCCCAACCCAGCCAUCUAUCAUUGAGACACCCACAAGAUAUUAUAACUCUUGGGUCAACAAUAACAGCCAAUAA